AUGUAUACAGUAGCAGAUGCGGAGGGAUCGAGCGCCAACAAGAUUAUUCAGCUGAAUGUCGGAGGACAGUUCUUCUCUACCUCCCGGGAGACUUUGGAGGCAGCCGGGCCCUCUUUCUUCUCCGUCUUGAUCGGGGGGAACUUUGGGGGGCAGAGGGACGCUAAGGGGAACUUGUUCAUCGAUAGAGACCCAAAACUCUUCAGCUACGUCCUCAACUACCUGAGGUCCCAGUGCACGCACCUGGCCAUCGACAAGACCAACAAGUCCAAGUUGCAGUCGAUGCUUGUCGAAGCAGAGUUUUACGCGGUUCAGCCGUUGAUAGCAGAGAUCGAAGAGCUGAUAGCAAACAUGGACAAGCAGGAGACUGAGCAGAAGAAGAAACACUGGGAGUACGUAGGAUCAACAAUGACCAUGGGCCCUGCUCAGCCUUCUGCCUUCAAGAAUCUCGCGACUGUCAACGGUCCCCAAGGGGACGCCAGCCAUACCACCCCUGCCGUCAUGCCCUCAGCUGGUAUCGAGCUGCUUACUGAGCAUGACGAGAACUCUUCCGACUCCACCGACUCCUCCCACUCCUUUGGCGGCAGAUACCUUCACGAGCAGCAUGCCCAGCUGAUCAGUUAUGCCGCCACCCACAUGGAUCUUGACUUCUAG